AUGUCCUGGGGCAUUGCAAUAGAAAAUGGUAUCGAAAUGGAUGUAGAACAAUUCAGGGACUUCUAUAGAAUACCUGGACAUUGUUCAACAUCUGGAUGGAGGGGGAACAGGCUGUACAUGGAAAAGGAUAAACAGGCCGAAGCAGAUCCUCUCCUUCAAGCCAUGCCUGCCUCCUGUGGUCCAGAGUUUGCUGUCCCAUCAAUUGCCUCCACCCCAAGAGUUGGCUUUGGAUCUGCCAAUGUUGGCUGGAGAGGUCUCGGCUGUGGAUAUGAUGGUCUGGGCUUAGCUCAUGGUUAUGGUCUUGGCUAUGGAUAUGGAGGUCUGGGCUUAGCUCAUGGUUAUGGUCUUGGCUAUGGAUAUGGAGGUCUGGGCUUAGCUCAUGGUUAUGGUCUCGGCUAUGGUUACGGUCCUGCCGUGGCUGAAACGUCUGGAAGUCUUGGCACCCUGGCUGGAGUCAUCCCUUCCUGCAUCAACCAGAUCCCACCCGCAGAAGUCGUGGUCCAGCCACCCCCUUCUGUUCUGACCAUCCCAGGACCCAUCCUCUCUGCCACUGGUGAACCAGUGGCUGUGGGAGGAAAUGCUCCAUGUGCCAUUAGCGGUACUGGGGUGGCAGGACUUGGUUUCUAUGGGGGGCUAGGAGGUCUUUAUGGGGGCUUGGGUUCUCGUUUAGGCCUGAGGUAUGGUGGAUUCUUUGGACAGAGAGCUCUGCUGGGACGUCGUGCUAGCAUCUGUUGAUUCCCUGAUUAAACCUGAAGAGAAUGUCCAGAUUGUUAAGAAAUGACCAGGAACUGAAAGAUGAAUUCCAUCUGCAACCUCUAAAAGUUAUGCUAACAGAAAUAUAAUUGGACUCAAGAGCUUUGCUUGAUC